GGAGCGCGGAGCCAGUCGCGAGCUGGCCUGACGAGGCCUGACGGGGCCUGUUCGCAGAACGAAGAGUCGGAAUCGGUGUUAACAACACGCGAUUGUGAGAGUCAGAAGAGCUCCUUGUUAUUUUUGAGGUCUACUCAGGAAGGUGAGUACCCCCUAGAAAAAGCUGGAGCUGCUCCAGAGAGUCUGCCUGGAAUGAAGACAGAGGCCCAGGUUUCAAAAUCUUCACUGACAAAAGCCUUACCUCCUGAGAUAGAGCUUUCUGAGGCUUUACGCAGAAGCCAGACUUGGGAAGAUAAGAGAACAGCUAAUUGGCCUCCGAUGGUCUGGGUUUCAAAAUCCGAGGAUUUGAAGACCCGGAUGGCGAAGGCUCUGGCCUGGGAGAUUCAGGCUGGUGAGGCCCAGUGCAGAGCCAGCCAAUGCAGGCCAGUUGAUGUACUGGAGGUGGAGGCUACCAAAGCGCUGAACCAGAAACCCUUACCUGAGAAGGUGCAAGUGGCAGAGAAGGAAAAGAGUGAGGUCUUCUUUACCCGUCCAUGCUGGUCCAAUAAGGUUGAGUACAUCCUGACUCAGGUGGGCUACUCCAUGAAGAUAAGCAGUAUGUGGCGUUUUUUUCUCCUCUGGCUUCACAAUGGAGGUUGCAUUUUUCUCAUCAUCUACAUCCUCAUGCUGUUCUUGGUCGGGGUUCCUCUUCUAUUCCUGGAGAUGGCAGCUGGUCAGAGGAUGCGUCAGGGCAGCAUUGGUGUAUGGAAGGUCAUCAGCCCCUGGAUUGGUGGUGUGGGGUAUACCAGCUUCAUGGUAUGCUUCCUCACCGGCUUGUACUUGAAUGUGGUCAAUGCCUGGACCCUCUUCUACUUGGGCCAGUCCUUCCACUUUCCAGUUCCAUGGGAAAAAUGUCCCUUAUUGGAGAACUCCAGUGACUUUGAUCCCGAAUGUGCACGGACGUCACCCUCCAUGUACUUCUGGUACCGGGUGACCUUGAAGGCCUCAGACAGAAUUGAGGAUGGUGGGUCACCAGUCUUCAGUCUGAACCUGCCCUUAUUGGUGUCUUGGUGUCUUGUUGGUGCUUUCAUGAUUAAUGGGCUCAAGUCUACUGGGAAGGUAAUGUGUGUUCUGGUGCCAGCCCCCUAUUUCAUCAUCCUCUGUUUGCUCUUCCGGAGUCUACUGCUGGAAGGGGCAGCGUUUGGCUUUCAACAUUUGUUGCUUGCCAAGAUAUCGGCUAUGUACAACAUGAAUGUAUGGUGUCAAGCAGGAAAUCAAGUCUUGUUUGCCUUGGGUCUGGGCUUUGGCCCUGUUGUCUCCUUAUCUUCGCACAUGUACCCAUCCACCAACUGUCUCAGUGAUGCCUUUGUUGUGGCUCUGGUCAACCUGUUCACCAUGCUGCUGGUCACAUCUUUUUCCUUCUGUGUCCUGGGCUUCUGGGCUACAAUCAUCACGCACCACUGCAAUGAGAAGAAUGCUGAAACACUUGCGAAGCUGGUAACCCUGGGGAAACUGCCUGUUGAGGCCCAGCCCCCUCCAAACCUGGCUGAUAACCCGUCCUCCAUCUUCAACUCCUGGCUCAGCGGACUUCACCAGCCCAUCAAGGACAUGGUCCUCAGCUACGUGACUGAAUGCAACUUAGAGAAGCAGUUUUUGAAGGUUAAGGCAGGCCCAAGCUUUGCACUUGUGGCCUUCAUUGAAACCAUGUCAUUCAUUCCUGGGUCUGUCUUCUGGUCCAUCCUCUUCUUCCUGCUUUUGCUGACAUUGGGGCUGAGCAGCAUGAUAGGGAUCAUGCAGGGCAUCCUUACCCCACUCCAGGACACCUUUUCUUCUUUCAGGAACCAUACAAAGCUGCUUACAGUGGUUGUCUUUGUGCUCAUGUUCCUGUGUGGCCUCUUCUUCACUCGACCAUCAGGCAUCUACUGCAUCAGACUGCUGAGUGAAUACUGGAUGGUCCUCCCCAUAAUCAUCAUCAUCGUACUUGAAAACAUAGCUGUGGGCUGGGCCUAUGCGGCCAGGAGGUUCCUUGAAGACUUGGCGAUCAUGUGGGGACCCCUCGCUUCUCCCAUCAUUCGUUGGCUGUGGUGCUUUCUGUCUCCAGUUGUGCUGCUAGCCCUGUUUGUGAUUACUCUGAUUCAUCUGUCUCUGAAGACUAUCACCUAUGUGGCCUGGGACUCAAACAGUUCAAAAGAGGUGCUUCGACAAUACCCAUCAUGGGGGCUGCUUGUGGUGAUUGCCCUUUUUCUCAUUGUCAUCCUCCCCAUCCCCACAUAUUUUGUAUAUUGCCUCACCCAAAGGAUUUCCUUCACCCCCACAAGUCAGGGCAAGCCUGUGAUAUCCUCCAAAUCCUUACCCUUAAUCCAGCCAACACCCACUGAAGAGGUCCAAAAGGAAGAAAUCCUAUAAGGUGAUAAUCAAGUUGCUGGUCAACCUGUUGUGUAAUUACCUAACUUGAUUCAUUUGACAUCACACAUUCCUCGAAACAGCAUAAUAGGCAACUCUACCAGCUUACAACUGUUGAUAUCCCCAGACCCAGAACUGCUUUUACUCCCAAGAGUAGAGGCAUUAUUUGGUGGACUCAUGAGGUCUGACUCUGGAGCCCCCUCCCAGCCCCCAUCCUCCCUGAUUACCACUGUCAUUGUGUUUUCCCCAUCCCCUUCCUCUGUGUGUGUGUGUGUGUGUAUGUGUAUGUGUAUAUGUAUAUAUAUAUAUAUACACAUCAUAUACACUAUCAGUGUGUACACACUAUCAGUAAUGCCUAACAAAUCUGCUUCUUGACUGAUCUGUCCAGCUCCUGGAAGAGAGCUGGAGGAGUAAUGCUGUUGGUCAAUAAAUCAGUCCACUGGGACUACAAGUACUGAGUGUCAGCAGACUUUUUUUUCCUAUAAAUGUCUUUUUCCCAGAAGUUCUUUCUUUUGAGAGCCAGAUGUCCAGCCCAGUGUUCCUGCCCUCUCCUUGCCUUGGCAAAAUCAGAUGCUCUAUUACUAGCCUUGCUUUAUCUGGGAAUUGGCCUUUAGCCAAGACAAACCUGGGAAAUGGUGGCUUCAGCAAGGAUGGAAAGAAUAUUAAUGCACUUGCUAAUGGGACAUAGUAAUCCUGUAAUGAGUGUAAAAAUUAUUUUUGAAAAGAGGUUGCAAGACUGUGAAUCUCGACACACAACCAGUUUAGGGAACUACCAAACUAUAUUGCUGAGCCCGCCAGGGCCCCAUAUCUGUGUGGUAGGAGACAUGGCAGGUUUUACUGAAUGGCUAAAUCAAAUGAAUUUGCCUAGUGGGUGAUGACUGAGUGGGUCUCUCAGAACUUGUGGGAGGGGCGGCUCCACAACUGAGCCGAAGUACUUCCCAAAAGGAGGUGGGGUCAGUCAGUUAGCGACUGGGGAUGGGAGCUGUAGCUGGUGGUGGUUGGGAUUCCAGAAGAUCCAAGGAGUGAGUUUCCCUUAAAUGCUCAGAGAUCUCAGUAUUUUGGAUUGCUUAGCUACCAUAGGGUGGCUGCCUCUGCGUAACUUUCUGUGACAAAAGAAGAAGCAGACAUCUCAACCAUUGGCGGGUGGGACUCUGAGGAUGGGCCUAGGGAGUGGGAAGACGUGAGGUCCCAAAAGUCUUUGGACCUCUGAAGUUUCUCACUGGGCAAGCUCAGAAGAUUGGAGCGAGGGACUGGACGUGAACCUCCCGGUCAUCGCCUAUUGGCUCUUGGACCUUGUAGCCCCGCCCCCAUCCAAACGAUCUGUCGAAGCCCGGUGCUAUUGAGUCCGGUAAGGUGAAAAUCCGACAGGAGGCAGUCUUCUCUUUUUAUCAGAGGGUCUGAGUUUUAAACCCCCUUCUUUUGGUGGUGGUCAUCCUCCUUUCUGCCUCCCCGUCCAGUUUCUGCUUUGGGAAUGGAACGUGUGGGAGAGGGAUUGAAAAGAAGGGGCUUACCGGAUAAACCGAUGGGAGUGGAAUGAAACUUUGGUGUGUUUUUUCCCCACUCUAAAUUUUUAUCUUCUCUGGUCACUUGUUGAAUGUCCUUUGGCACCUAACCGCAAGGCUGUUUGAAUUGCAAAUAUCUCACGUUGCUGUAGGGGCUACUGAUUAUAGAUA